AUGAGCAGAUUAAGCCGGCUAAAGAAGCUUAUUAAUGAGCCCAGUUCUACAAAGAAAACCCUGAAGAUGAUUAAGUGGCUUCAGAAAAGGAAACUGCUAAAAACAAAAAAUAAAUGCAGAAUUUGUCAUCGGGACAUGAAAAUGAAGAAAAGGACGAACAGUGGAGACCAAUAUGCUUGGAUUUGUCGACAAGCAGGAGCACAUGAGGGAAGGGCAAAACAAAUUUCUGUCAGGCACAAAUCAAUAUUCAGUGGAUCAAAGGUCUCCUUCAGUAGGUGGAUGCAAUUCCUGUACAGGUUUUCUCAGGGUCUGCGGUUACGGCAGAUAGACAUGAUGGACGACAGCAUUGCAGGCAGUUCAGCAACACUUAGUAAAAUGGCAAAGAAAAUAAGGGAAGUCUGUGUCACAGCAGUUGAAAGGAUGAGAAGGUGUACAGGUCAGCAGAUUGGUGGAAGAAGGGAGUUUGUUGUGAUCGACGAAAGCCAUUUUCGGCACAAAAGAAAGUAUGGUAGAGGAAGAAUGGCUGGUGGGUGGAAAAGAAAGAAGUGGGUCUUUGGAAUGUUAGGUGUGAGGCAUCAGCAAAAAAAAAUCCAGAAAACCUAUUCUACGUCUUAUGGAAAAAAGAUCUCGAAACCAUCUAGUCCCUUUGAUUGCACAUCAUGUGAGGCCUGGGUCAUCAAUUAUCAGUGACGAGUGGCGUGCCUAUCACAUACUCCCUGCACUAGGGUACAACCAUCACACUGUCAACCACAGCAGGUGGUAUGUAGAUCCCCACACUGGUGCCCAUACCCAACAUAUUGAAAGGGCCUGGAGAUCUUACAAGGAGCAGAUCUGGAGGCUUAGGGGAAAUCGGACUGAGAGUUUGCUUUCUGACCACCUUGCAGUGAUAGAGUGGAAUGAAUGGCUGGCAAAGAAACACUAUGAUGGUGCUUUUGGCAGACUUAUUCAUGACAUUUCAAGAAUGUACAAGUAAUAUUACUUAGUCACUGUAACAAGCAUAAGAGCCCUUUAUAUAAGAAUUUAUAUAAAACAUAAUUUUCAAAUAGUGUUUGAUCAUUUGUUGAGUAUAUUUGUUUUUCUAUCUCUGUCAUUUUGU